AGUCUCUUUUAACGACGAAGCGAACGGAUUCAGUGUAUAUAUUCAUAGCAAAUCCAUCCAGCUUCGAAACGAAAUCUGCGCCAGAUCUCAACUGUCAAGUGAAGAUAACUCAAAACAAUGUCAGGCUUUCACGGGAGUAAUGAUUCAUGUCCUUUGGUGAAGAACAUUCUUCUUCUAGACUCUGAAGGGAAGCGUGUGGCUGUCAAGUAUUACUCCGAUGACUGGCCUACUCAUGCUGCCAAGCUGAGUUUUGAGAAGCUUGUCUUCUCCAAGACCUCCAAGACCAAUGCUCGCACUGAAGCUGAGAUCACACUGUUGGACAGUAAUAUCAUUGUCUACAAGUUCGCCCAGGACCUUCACUUCUUUGUUACUGGAGGCGAAAAUGAAAACGAGCUUGUCUUGUCUUCUGUUCUUCAAGGCUUUUUCGAUGCUGUUGCGCUUCUUCUGAGGAACAAUGUGGAAAAGAUGGAAGCUCUUGAGAACUUGGAUCUCAUCUUUCUGUGCCUUGAUGAAAUGGUCGAUCAGGGAGUGGUUCUUGAAACAGACCCUAACGUCAUUGCGGGGAAAGUAGCAAUGCAGAGCACAGAAGCUAGUGGUUCACUCUCUGAACAGACAUUGACUCAAGCACUGGCAACAGCUCGGGAACAUUUGGCACGAAGUCUGCUUACUUGAGUUUCCUUCGUAUUCAUUGCAUGCCCACACAUAAUAGAAUGGACUUCCAGUUUCUAUGAAGAGUUUCAUGUCAAAGUCUUGUGAUAAUAAUUUUCGUACUAUAAUGUUUGGGAUAUUAUAUUGCUGUGUGUGCAAUGGUGGAAUAUUUUUGAAGACUGGGUAUUGCAGGAUCAAGACUUGUCUCUUUACGGAAAAUAUUUUAAUAUCCAAAU